AUGACCACGACCGAGUCCAAGACAGCCUCUCUAGCCGAACUCAACCGCGUCUUCUGGGAUGCAAACGCAGACACCUUCCUAGAACAGGACUGGAUCAAGGUCUUCUCCGAACAGCUCACCCGCUUCCUCCGCGCCCAGGCCCCGAACCUAGGUCUCCGGCCCCGCGAUACAAAUCCGUCGUCGAACCCCGUCCGACUUUUAGACUACGCUUGCACCUCUGGCGGUGCUUCAUGGGCCCUCAGCCCCUUCGUCGACUCGAUCCUCGGCAUCGACAUCGCACCCGCCAUUGUACAGCGCUACAACGACUGCGCGGUGCGACUGGGAUACUCUCCAGAGCAGGUUCACGCUAUCGCGGGAGACUUGGCUUCGGAUGGAGAGCUGGCUGCGGAGGGAGAGUUUGAUGUGGUUAUCAUAUCCAUGGCGCUUCAUCACCUUGACGAUCCGCGGGGGAUGUUGGAUCUGCUUGCGAAGAGGGUGAGGCCUGGUGGGAUUUUGAUUGCUGUUGAGGGGGUUGAUUAUAAAGCUGCGAGGUCGGAGAGUGAGAUGCUCGAGAAGGGAGAUGAGAAGGGAGGGAAAGGAUCUGGACGGCAUGGAGGUAAAGCUCAUGAGCAUGAGAUCCACCAACACGAUGUUCUCAAGACUACGAAUCGGCAUCUGGUCUUCAGCGAGGAGCUUUUCAGGGGAUGGUUCCGAGACGCUGGGUGUGACGAGGGGAAGUUUGCGUAUGUUGAGAAUGAAGAGGUCAGUCAUAUUCCGGAGGAGGCUUCUGGGAAGGUUGGGGGAUUGGAUAGGAAGAUGGUCAUCGCUUCCUCAGUGAGGAAAGAGUAA